UGCGUAAGGUUAAGAUAUAAUGUGGUGACAGUGAAAAGGCAAAGGGAGAAAGAAAGAGAAGCAAAAAUCAAAGGCAAAGAACGAAGAAGGAAGGAAGAAAGAAACGAAAGAGAAUCGAGAGAGCUUCCCUUCCUUCUGUGUUAUUUUGAAGUUUAGGUCUGGAUUUUCCUUCAACAAUCUUAACUUCCAUGACUUCCCUUGUGGGUUUCUUGCCUAUGAAUCGCUUCGAUAUCGUCCAGAUUUAUCGUCAAUACUGUGGUUGUCUGAGGAAUAGUACUUUUUGCGUCUCUCAGAGGACAUCCGAAAAAAUUGGAACGAUACAUAGAAGAUUUGUGUGGCCCUUGUACAAGGAUGGUGCAGAAAUCGAAUAUUCGAUCUCAAAAUGGCUUUUGUCAUGGGAAUGAAGAAUCUGGACAAGUUGAAACACAAAUGGCUAAAAGUCCAAAGCAGGCACUUGCAGAGCUCUUAAUAUAUGUGCAAUCAUCACUGCAGAUGGGGAACUCAAUUGUUUAUGAACUAUCGAAGCUGAUGUCAUAUCUAAACUUUAUGGUAGACUUUUCAGAAUUUUCACGCUUCUACGAGUUUGUCUUUUUUGUUUGUCGGGAGAAUGGUCAAAAAAAUAUCACUGUUAGUAUGGCAGUUAGAGCAUGGAGAUUAGUUUUGAAUGGAAGAUUUCGGUUACUUAAUCAAUGGUGUGACUUUGUUGAGAAUAAUCAGCGACACAAUAUUUCUGAGGAUACUUGGCAGCAAGUCUUGGCUUUCAGCCGCUGUGUACAUGAAAAUCUGGAAGGGUAUGAUCCCGAAGGUGCUUGGCCUGUUCUAAUUGAUGACUUCGUCGAGCACAUGUACAGGCAGUCAGGAUCUAAUAAAGUCUCAAAGUUUUGUUGUAAUUGUGGAGACUCAGAAUCACAGUCGGGUGUAUUUGAAGAUUCUCUUUCUGGAUUAAAGUUUUUCCCUGGUUUGAAGAGGAAAUUACCUGAGGACAUGCAAAUGGACGGCAUCAUGUCUCCGAGUGAUCCUAGAACCGGCUCCAUGGAGUUAAGUCCUGUUUUGAGCGUCAAGAAAAGUAGAUUUAUGGCUUGCAGGCCAGUGAACUUGGAGAUAAACUUACCAUCAUGUACUGCAGAUGAGAACACAGAGAUGGUUCGACAUAAUAGUGCAGUAGGUUCCAAAUCUCCUUGUGCUGUUGAAGGUUGUCUGUCAAAAGGUUUUGCUGGGCUUUUCUCGACACGUUUGUUCUUAGGAUUGGACCAAGAAAGGAAAGCGUCAUUCACGUGAGCACGAGCGACUUAUCCCUUAUGAUAUUUACAGGUUGUAAGAUCUACAAUGUCCUUUUUUUUUGUUGUGGUACAGCAUUUUUAAUCAGACGAGUCGAUGAUUUGGCAGCAAACUAGAACAAAGGAUUGAUUAAUGUUUCUAAUGAGGGAAGAGAAAAUUAAUGAUUUGGCUUUACGUUGUAAUUAGUCUGUUUCAAUUCAAAGAACGAAUAAGAAUCUACAUAGUUUGUUUUAUUCUAUACUCUUAUCAAUCCAUUUGGCUUUAAUGAUAUGAUUCAA